AUUUUUGUCUAUUAUGACACCUGGACCAAGAAAUCCAACAAAGGGGAUAGAUGUGUAUUUGCAACCAUUGAUAGAAGAGUUGAAACAACUGUGGGACGUUGGAGUUAUAACAUAUGAUGCAUUCUCAAGAGAUAAUUUCAUUAUGCGAGCUGUUUUGCUAUGGACAAUUAGUGAUUUUCCUGCAUAUGCCAUGCUUUCUGGAUGGAGUACAAAGGGGAAAUUUGCAUUUCCAUGUUGUACUGAGUUUACUGAAGCCUUUUGGUUAUCCCAUAGCAAAAAACAUAGUUGGUUUGAUAAUCAUAGAAAGUUCUUACCUGGUGAUCAUCCAUUCCGGUUCGAUAAUGAGAACUUUACUAAGGGAAAAUCAAUCUUCUAUGGCCCUCCAUUACCGAGAGAUGGUUCAUAUUGCUAUGAUGAGGUGGGUUCCUUCAUGCUCGUGACUGAACUAGGAGGUAUUGAUCAUAAUAAAAUAGCUGGAAGAGACAUUGGAUGGAAGAAACGUAGUAUAUUUUGGGAUCUUCCAUAUUGGAAGGAUUUGCUUAUACGGCAUAAUCUCGAUGUGAUGCACAUAGAGAAGAAUUUCUUUGAGAAUAUGUUUUAUACAAUUUUGGGGGGUGCCAGGAAAAUCGAAGGAUCAUGCUAAAGGGAGAAUGGAUAUGGAACAAAUUUGUCAUAGGCCGAGUAUGGAGAGUGACGGACAUGGAAAAUUCCCUAAGGCUUCGUUUACUCUUUCAAGUGAGCAAAUGGAAAUGUUAUGCAAUUGGGUUGAUUCGCUGAACUUCCCUGAUGGUUUUGCAUCUCGGUUAGGGCGUUGCAUAGAAAUGGAAAAACUUAAAGUAUUUGGCAUGAAGAGUCAUGAUCGUCAUGUGUUUAUGCAACGUUUAAUUCCGAUUGCUUUUAGAGAGAUGUUACCUGCUUCGAUUUGGGAGGCAAUCACGGAGAUUAGUUUAUUUUUUCACGAGUUAACAAGAAAGAAUAUUACUGUUUCUGACAUGGAGAAGCUAAAGGCAGAUAUUCCCAUUAUAUUAUGCAAGUUGGAGAAGAUAUUCCCACUGUCAUUCUUUGACCCCAGUGAGCAUCUUGUUGUACAUUUACCAGAUGAAGCUUUGUGGGACGGACCGGCACAGUAUCGCUGGAUGUAUCGUUUUGAAAAUUUCCUAGGAUCAGUGUUGAAGACAAAAAUCGGAAACAAGGCAAGAGUUGAGGCCUCAAUCGGGGAAGGUUAUUUGAAAAGUGAGAUGGAUACAUUUGCGAGUUACUAUUUCCCGGAGGAAGUGGUUACAAAAGAACGCCGUGUGCAUAGAUUUGAAGAUGGAUUCUUUAUUAAUAAUGAGCAGACUUUGACGAAUCCUCCAAUCGCUCUCCCCCCCCCC